AUGUAUGAGAAUUUAUUUAAGAGUCCAUUGCACCGUGUUUUUUUAUAUGGUACAUUGAAACGUGGUGAACCGAAUCAUGAGUUGGUUCGCGAUACUGCUAAUGGUUAUGCAAAGUUUUUAGGAAUUGGGAAAACAGUCAACAAAUAUCCUCUAAUUAUUGGUACUCGUUUUAACAUUCCUUUUUUAUUGCAUAAACCUGGUUUUGGCCAUCAAGUACUAGGCGAGGUUUAUGAUGUUGAUAGUAAGAUGUUGGAAAAAAUGGAUCAACUGGAAGAACACCCGACUUUUUAUACAAGAAUAGAAGAUGAUGUUUUAUUAGCGCCAGAUAAACCAGACUUUAAUUUUGAUCAGGGUAUUUCAUGUGCAACAAGAGCUCACAUAUAUUUUCUUCCAAAAUUCAAAAGCUCUUUACUUGAAAAACCGAUGUACCAAAGUUACAGCAACGAAGGAAAUCACGGAUUAAAAGUCAACUUUGUUGCGCCAUGGCCAUUCGUCACUUCAGCGGCUAAGAGACAGGGAAGCGCGAUUGAAUAUUUGAGAAAAUUAAUCAAUCCUUAA